AUGCCGACCUACGAUGUUCUCGUGCCUGGGGUUCUGGGUGCAACGGGCUUCACCGGCCGCCUCGCCUGCGAAUACUUGGCUAACCGAGGCGGCGAGAAGGUGAACUGGGCCAUGGCUGGGCGCAGCCUUGACAAGCUGGAGAAGAUCCGCAAGGAGCUGCCAGAAAGCGCAAAGGACACGCCCUUGGUGAAGGUGGAUGUGAAGAAUCCGGCGGAUCUCGAGGAGGCCGCGAAGAGCUGCAAAGUGAUCAUCAACUAUGCGGGCACCCCAUACAGUGACAAGGCGCUGCCGGUGGUCGAGGCCUGUGUCAACAACGGCAGCUGCUACAUCGACAUCACAGGCGAGGUGAACUUUGUGAAGUCAUCGGCCGACCGCUACGACGAAAAGGCCAAGGAGAAGAAGUCCCUCGUUGUCCACUGCUGCGGCUUCGACAGCAUCCCUUCCGAUAUCGGCGCGUUCUUGGCCGCCACGGAGAUGAAAAAGCGUCACAACAUGGGCUGCGCCAGAAUCCGCACUGUCAUUGGAGAUCAGAGCGGGGACUUCAGCGGAGGCACGCUGGAGAGCGGUGCCUACAUGAUGGACAACCCGAACAUGGAGAAUGCUGACGCCAUGAAGAAGCCUUAUGGCCUGGACCCACCAGGAGGCCAGGCUGGUCCUGACACCACAGACUUCGGCGGCAUCAGGGCAUUGGGCUACGACCAGGAUGCCGAGAGCUGGGCCAUGCCAUUUGUGAUGGUGGAGUUGUAG